GCAGAGAAGGCGGAUGCAGAUACAGUAAGACUCGAUCACUCUCUGUCACACACACGCACACACAUUGACUGGCUCCAAGAGCACAUCAGACGUUCUGUCACGGUUCUAUUCUGGUAUUUUGGAAUUGUUCCGAUGAUCGCCGCCGUGCUCGCAGACACCGCCCCUCCGAGCGGCGGCGCGCCUGACCUGUCAAUCACGUCACGCCGGGUUUGGUACAUGUGAGCGAGGGAGUGCAUGGCGCGCCGGUAAGGGCGGAUCUGCACACGGGGAGAAACGACGGUAGAUGUGUUAACGAGGAUGGAAGGUCGCCAGUUAUCGCGUCAUUUGGCUCACACUGAAUAGCGCAGCAGAGAUGAUGUGCGAAGUGAUGCCGACCAUCAACGAGGGGGACUCGGCCGGUCCCCCGAGAGGACCCGGCAACGUGCCGAAUGGUUCCGAGCAAGAGGCCAACUUCGAGCAGCUGAUGGUCAACAUGUUGGACGAGAGAGACAAGCUACUAGAGUCCCUCAGGGAGACCCAGGAGACCCUCAUCCAGUCGCAGACCAAACUGCAGGCGGCGCUGCACGAGAGGGACGUGCUGCAGCGUCAGAUCAAUGCAGCCUUGCCUCAGGAGUUUGCCACACUUACCAAGGAGCUGAACAUUUGUCGAGAGCAGCUGCUGGAGAAAGAAGAGGAAAUAUCGGAGCUGAAAGCCGAAAGGAACAACACCAGGCUGCUUCUGGAGCACCUUGAGUGUUUGGUGUCUCGCCACGAGCGUAGUCUCAGGAUGACGGUUGUGAAGAGGCAGCCCCCCCCACCAUCUGGAGUCUCCAGUGAGGUCGAGGUCCUCAAAGCCCUCAAGUCGUUGUUUGAGCAUCACAAAGCUCUGGAUGAAAAGGUGCGUGAGAGGCUUCGCGUGGCUCUGGAGCGGGUGUCCACCCUGGAGGGACAGCUGUCAGCUACCACACAAGAGUUGAGCAUGGUGAGACAAAGGAAGGAUGGUGACUCGGUGGAAGGGACAGAUGGAUCCAAACCUCCAUGGAAGAGACUCCCCAACGGCUCCAUAGAUGUUCACGAAGAUGGCAACCGGGUAUCUGAGCUUCAAGAGCUCCUGGACAGAACCAGUAAGGAACUGGCACAGACCCGCGAGCACUCCGCCUCCCUUAACGGUCGCGUGGCCGAGCUGGAGGCCGAGCUGGCGAGCGCGCGGCGGGAGCUGAGUCGCAGUGAGGAGCUGUCAAUCAAACAGCAGAGGGAACAGAGAGAGAGAGAAGACAUGGAGGAAAGAAUAACAACGUUGGAAAAACGUUACCUUGCCGCCCAGCGAGAAACCACACACAUCCACGAUCUCAAUGACAAGCUGGAGAACGAGCUGGCCACCAAGGACUCCCUGCACAGACAGAGUGAAGAGAAAGUGCGCCAGCUGCAGGAGAUGCUGGAAAUGGCUGAGCAGAGGUUGGCUCAAACUAUGAGGAAGGCUGAGACGUUGCCAGAGGUGGAGGCUGAGCUGGCACAGCGAGUAGCAGCACUGUCCAAGGCUGAGGAGCGUCAUGGCAACGUGGAAGAGCGGCUCAGACAGCUGGAAUCACAACUGGAGGAGAAGAACCAAGAACUAGGAAGGGCUCGUCAACGGGAGAAGAUGAAUGAAGAACACAACAAACGUUUAUCCGACACCGUUGACCGUCUUCUCACCGAGUCCAACGAACGACUGCAGCUCCAUUUGAAAGAACGCAUGGCUGCACUGGAGGACAAGAACUCUCUUAUUCAAGAUCUCGAGAAUUGUCAGAAACAGUUGGAGGAAUUCCAUCACACACGGGAACGUCUGAUUGGCGAGAUUGAGAAACUGAGAAACGAGAUUGACCAUUUGAAACGUCGCAGUGGGGCAUUCGGAGACGGAUGUUCAAGUCACCCUCGGUCUCAUUUGGGCAGUGCAAGCGACCUUCGCUUCUCUGUGGUGGAAGGCCAAGAUGGCCACUACAGCACGACUGUGAUCAGGCGGGCCCAAAAGGGCAGACUCUCAGCGCUACGAGAUGACCCAAACAAGGUUUGUGGCAUGUUCGAACAGGACUACCCUUCGCUGCGAGGGAGCGUCAGCCACCUCCUCGGCAGCGACAUGGAAGCCGAGUCCGACCUGGACGACGACGUGAGCUCGGCCAUGCUCUCCCCAAGCGGUCAAUCGGACGCUCAGACCCUCGCUCUGAUGCUGCAGGAGCAGCUUGACGCCAUCAACGAAGAGAUAAGGAUGAUCCAAGUGGAGAGAGAGUCGACUGACCUGCGCUCGGACGAGAUCGAGUCCCGCAUGAACAGCGGCAGCAUGGACGGACUCAACGUGACGCUUCGGCCACGGGCGCUGCCCACGUCGGCCACGGCCCAGUCCUUGGCGUCGUCCUCCUCGCCGCCGACCAGCGGCCACUCAACGCCUAAACAUAACGCACGCAACACCAGUCACCAUCUAGGCAUCAUGACUCUGCCAAGCGACUUGAGGAAACACCGGAGAAAAGUUGCAUCCCCGGUGGAGGUGGACAAGGCGACAAUCAAGUGUGAAACCUCGCCUCCUUCCUCGCCACGCAGUUUACGUCUAGAAACCAAUUUCGCCCAAUUCACCGGCAGUCUGGAAGAUGGACGAGGAAAGCAGAAGAAAGGUAUAAAGUCAUCGAUUGGCCGAUUGUUUGGGAAGAAGGAGAAGGGGGGUCGAAUGGAGCAGACCAGGGAUUUUGCCAGGGAUGGACAACCUCUACCAGCGUUAACAGACUUUGACAUGACUGUUGGAGACACGAUGACGCUGGGAAAACUGGGCACCCAAGCGGAGCGGGAUCGCAGGAUGAAGAAAAAACAUGAGCUCCUGGAAGACGCCAGGAAAAGAGGCUUACCGUUUGCGCAGUGGGACGGCCCGACGGUUGUUUCCUGGCUAGAGCUGUGGGUGGGCAUGCCAGCUUGGUAUGUGGCAGCAUGUCGCGCUAACGUGAAGAGUGGAGCCAUCAUGUCCGCCCUGUCAGACACAGAGAUCCAGAGGGAGAUCGGCAUCAGCAACCCGCUGCAUCGGCUCAAACUGCGCUUGGCCAUCCAGGAGAUGGUCUCCCUAACUAGCCCUUCUGCACCUCUCACCUCCAGAACGUCCUCCGGAAAUGUGUGGGUGACUCAUGAAGAGAUGGAGAACCUGGCUUCAUCCACCAAAGCGGCGAAUGAGGAGGGCAGCUGGGCGCAGACGCUGGCAUAUGGAGACAUGAAUCACGAGUGGAUUGGGAACGAGUGGUUGCCAAGCCUUGGCUUGCCUCAGUAUCGCUCCUAUUUCAUGGAAUGUCUGGUGGACGCUCGCAUGCUGGACCACCUGACCAAAAAAGACCUGAGGAGUCAUCUCAAGAUGGUGGACAGCUUCCACAGGGCGAGUCUGCAGUAUGGGAUCAUGUGCUUGAAGAGACUCAAUUAUGACAGGAAAGAUUUGGAGCGCCGGAGAGAGGACAGCCAACAUGAAAUGAAAGAUGUGUUGGUGUGGACCAACGAGCAAGUGAUCCAUUGGGUCCAGUCCAUCGGUUUGAGGGAGUACUGCGGCAACCUGUUGGAGAGCGGCGUUCACGGAGCGCUCGUCUCUCUGGACGAGACCUUCGACUACAGCAGCCUGGCCCUCAUCCUCCAAAUUCCCAUGCAGAACACACAGGCACGGCAGGUUCUGGACAGGGAGUUCAACAACCUGCUAGCCUUGGGGACUGACCGACGACUCGAGGAGAGCGGAGACGACAAGUCGUUUCGCCGCUCUCCAUCGUGGCGGAAGAGGUUUCGGGCCCGAGAGGGAGGGGCGGGGCUGGGGAUGAUGGCGGGCUCCAUGGAAACGCUGCCCGCUGGCUUCCGCAUGCCUUCCAUGUCCAUGCCGCCCUCAAUGAACCUCAUGCCCAAAAAGCAACUCCAGCCUGAAGCUCCGCCCCCGGCGUCCCCGAGGCUUGACCCCUCAACAGUGCGGACCUACUCAUGCUAACUCACUUUGGCUUACUAACUGGAGCCCUGAUGCUAACAGUGCAUUGUCAUUACCUGUACGGACACAUGCUUGCGGCCUUUUGAGAGUCAAAUGCCAAAUUUGAAGAGAGUGCUACCUGGGGUGCCAGUGAGGUAGGGGGCUUCCGGCCCCACCUCGCACCUUUCCGUCGGACACGUGCAAUACCGAGGCCAGGUCUGACCCUUGAACUCUUGAGAGCGGCCGUUGGCGUCGCUCUCGCUGCUGUUAAGGAGACUCGCCUCUGGACUUUCCCGGUUGAACCCAGUGCUCCCAGUAGCCUUGUCAUUGUGGAUGUUGUGCCCCCCCCCAAAUCUCAGCUGUGAGCCGUCGUCCUCCCGUUCCCGAAGUCUCAACAUGGCCGACUCACCGCUACACGUUACCCUUCUAUCGGUUAUGCAAGGUAUUACUCAAUGAUCGUAUCUGGACUGUAUAUAAAAUGGAUGACUAAAUUUUCUAUAAAGUAUAUAAAUAUAUAUAUUGGAAAUAUAUAUGGAAAAGUGAUAUAAUGGCUGUAUGAAACCUAUCGCCCUGUAUUCAAUAGUGACUGUUCUCUCACUUUUUCUUUGUCUUAGUGUCGGACCUUGUGUGUCUUUUGCUGGUUGAUGUAAGUGUGUGAAUUAUCAGUGGGCGGAGCUUACAAGGCCUCACAGGUUCAUGGGUCCAAUUUCAGAAUUUCCCUUGCUUCCCUCCUCUUUUGACAACAUGCCUCCUUUCCUGUAUGACGCUGUGUCACCUAGAGUAGAGAGUAUGAUGUUAUAUGAAGAGCGUGCGUGUGUGUGCGUGCGUGCGUGCGUGCGUGUGUGUGUUUGAAUGAUACGAUCAUCUGAUCCGUGCUAUGUGGCUGUUGGGUGUAAACACUGUAGCUCCUCUCUGCUGCUGCUCUGCAUCAUUUCAGUGAUAUCACGUGCUGAUGUGAAAUUGCGCCGACCGAUUGGCAAUUCAUGUCCAAUCGCUUCCUGUUUAGUUGCCAUAGAGACGUGCCAGUCAGUACUUUCGGCUGCCCUCAUUCAGUAAGAACACAACAUAUGAACCAAGUGAAGUGCAGAAUGGGUGUAAGAUUUUUUCUUUAUUUAUUUUUUUUAUUUCUAUUUUUUCCGAGGUGUCUAAAAGGUGUAAUGUGCUAUGUGGCAGCUAUGAGUACUGUGUCUUUAUUCCAGGAGUGAAAUAUUGCUGACAUAUCAAGAUUUUAUUAUUUGGCUAUUCAAAAAAAAGUACUGUAUCUAUGACAAUAUAUAGACAUGAGUAAAGCUGUUUUUUAAAGAGUA